AUGGGUGUGAAGGCUGCUCUGCCCAAAUAUGAACUCUACUGCUACUAUGUCAUACUGUCUCUGGCAAUGCUGUGGACUGCCAGCUGGAUUUUUGAAGUGUCCAGCUCAAACGCUAGCAGAAAAACCUUCAAAUCAAACGUGAAGCCAGGAUGGUACCUCCUUGGCCGGAACAUGGAGAUGGCUGAUUAUGAAUGGAAGAUGUGGUUCUCCACGUUCUGUGAACACAUCCUCUUCGCUCUAUCUGGUCAUGUCAUCUUCGCCAAGAUCUGCUCCUUGCUGGCCCCACAGUACAGGUCUCUGGUUUACAUGGCGUACGGGAUACUGGCUGUAUUCACCAGCAUGGGCUGGACGUACGUGACCCUGAUCCUGUCUCACUGCGUGCUGCUCUACAGCAUCUCUCUGGUCAAGCUGCGCUGGCUCUGUUUCACCGCCGGCCUCACCACCCUGGCGACCUUUAAAAUGGAGCCUUUCCUGUCCUGGCAGGCAGGGUUUGCAACAGGCUCUUUUGAGCUGCGUCCCGUGCUGUUCUACGGAGGCUGCGGCUUCACCAUCAUGCGCUGUAUGAGUUUUGCUCUGGAGAACUGUGAGAGGAGAGAGGGAAACUACAGCUUUCUGGAACUGCUCAAAUAUAACUUCUACCUCCCUUUCUUCUAUUUCGGACCCAUUAUGACCUUUAAUAGGUUCUAUGUCGAGGCCAACAACCCCAGCCUGAGCAGAAAGGAGAGAGAAAUGUGGAGCAUCUCCGUCCAGGCUCUCUUACACCUGGGGGUUGUGAUCACUGUGGACAUCCUCUUUCACUACAUGUAUAUUCUAACCAUCCCAACAGACAUGAAGCUCCUGAAACAUCUCUCAGACUGGGCCUUAGCCGGCCUGGCCUAUCUGAACCUGGUCUACGACUGGGUGAAAGCCGCUGUGAUGUUUGGCGUAAUAAACACAGUAUCCAGACUGGACCAUUUUGACCCUCCCAAACCUCCCAAAUGCAUCACCAUGCUCUAUGUGUUCUCAGAGACGCACUUUGAUCGAGGAAUCAACGACUGGCUUUGCAAGUAUGUGUACGACUACCUCGGGGGAAAGCACGACAACGUGGUGAGCGAGCUGAUCGCCAGCGUUUGCACGUUCGGUGUCACGGCUCUGUGGCUGGGUCCGGGAUGGGUGACUUUUAUCUGGGCUUUCUUGAAUUGCUUCGGGCUGAACUUCGAACUGUGGACCGCCAAGUUCUUCUCCAUGGAGCCAUUCGUCUCCAUAGAGAUGGCGAUGUCUGAUGCCAUGUCACGCAGGAUCAGAGCCGUGUUCAACACCUUCAACUUCUGGACAAUCGUCCUGUACAACAUUUUGGCUCUGAACAGUUUGGAUUUUGCCAAGCUGGUUGCUAAGAGACUGCUUCUCAAAGGAUUUCCCUUCUCCACCGUCACCGUGAUGGUCGUGACAUACUGCCUGGUGCAGCUGAUCAAGGAGAGAGAGCGAAAACAGGCUCUGAUCGACGACCCGGACCCCACACCCCCUCCCGCCCCCGCCCCUGCCCCCGUCACAGUUGUCCCCACCACCGCGUCCGACCAAACCGCGCCUGCCCCGCCCGUGGACCCAAACAAGGAGAAGGCAGAGUAG